GCAGAAGUCGUGUGGGCGAGGCGUGAGCAGACAUGCGCAGUAUUAACCGGAAGCACCAAUAGAAAGAGAGAGAAGAGGGGAAAAAGAAGUGGCUGGGGCUCAGCGGGAUCGCCAUGGCGCAGCAACAGAUGCCGAGUUCGCAGAAAGCCCUCAUGCUGGAGUUGAAGUCCCUGCAGGAGGAGCCGGUGGAGGGCUUCCGCAUCACGCUGGUGGAGGAGUCCGACCUUUACAACUGGGAGGUGGCCAUCUUUGGACCCCCCAACACCCUCUAUGAGGGGGGCUACUUCAAGGCUCACAUCAAGUUCCCCAUGGACUACCCGUACUCCCCGCCCACUUUCAGGUUCCUCACCAAGAUGUGGCACCCCAACAUCUACGAGAACGGCGACGUCUGCAUCUCCAUCCUGCACCCCCCGGUGGACGACCCCCAGAGCGGAGAGCUGCCCUCCGAGCGGUGGAACCCCACCCAGAACGUCAGAACCAUCCUGCUCAGUGUGAUCUCCCUGCUGAACGAGCCCAACACCUUCUCCCCGGCCAACGUGGACGCCUCCGUCAUGUUCCGCAAGUGGAGGGACAGCAAGGGCAAGGACAAGGAGUACGCCGAGAUCAUCAGGAAGCAGGUGCUGUCCACCAAGGCGGAGGCGGAGCGGGACGGGGUGAAGGUCCCCACCACGCUGGCGGAGUACUGCAUACAGACCAAAGUGCCUUCCCACGACAGCAGCUCCGACCUGCUGUACGACGACCUGUACGACGACGACAUCGAGGAGGAGGAGGACGACGACGAAGACGCCGAGGCGGGGGGCGUGUGCGCCGACACCGCCGCCGACUGCUACGACGACGAGGAAGACUCGGGCAACGAGGAGUCCUGACCUUCCUCCGCCCUCCUCCCUCCUCCUCUUCCCCUCUCUCCCGUCCCUGAAAUCUUCCUCUUCCUGUACCCUCUGCUCCUCCCGAAACAAAUGCACACCCCUCGAACCCGUGUUCAGCCCGCUCGCCCUCUCUGUCCCGCUGUGACCUCACUUCCUGUUCCUCCCCAGAGCCCGCCCGUUCCAGCACGGUCUCAAAUCCACCA